CACUUAUUGAUGUCGUUGAAACGUUGACUCUUGACAACGUGUUUUGGCCCGUAGUAAAUGGUCCGUCCCGUGAUCGUAACGGGUAACCAUCUACGUAGCCCCAUCCUCUCUCUUUGCCAUCUUCAUCGUGGCAGGUCUCCCUUGAGGGUUCCACCCACAUUCCUUACAAAAUUCCAGCUGUAAUCGUUCAGCACUCUUACCUUUCGAGUCUACUUAAACCGCUUGUACCAAUAUGCACUCCGAAUUUCGACGCAUGCCUGCUGAGCGGGUGCGGCACGCAAAACGGCUAGGUCAUGUCCAGCCUGUAAACGACCUAUAUGCGUCUCCUCUCGUGUUUGCUGAAGAUGCUACCACAAACUCUACUACUACCACAAGUCAAAGUACUACCGCCAAAACCACUUCAACGACAUCCACCACACCUGUUGCAGUGACCUCGACAGCGAAGACUAGUUCUUCACAGUCGUCUGCAUCUCCUUCUACCUCGCAGACGUUGACGUCUUCAUCUUCUUCGCAACCCACUCCCACUUCUACUCUCGCUUCACCCUCAACCACCUUGUCCACGAGCAGCCCCGUUGCCACGGGACUGACUAUCAGUCCCUCGCAUACCACAUCUCAGUCUGUGGUUUUCAUUACUACCACUCCAAGCGCAACCGCUACAGCUAUUAACAAUGUCAGUAGCGCAUCAAGCCAGACUCUCUCUGGCGGCGCACUUGGUGGUAUUAUCGCUGCCUCCGUAGUUGUCGCCCUGGCCUUGAUCAUAUUCAUCGUUCGGAAAACGUAUCUCCGCCGCAGGCAGAACCGUCGCCUCUCUUGGCCCGUUGGCAAUAUUUUUAACGAGAUCAAGCCGCUUCCUGCAGCUCCCAGUGAUGAUUUCUCUGAGAAGCCUGCUUCGCUGAGGAAUUCACCAAAAUCACCUUUUGAAGCUCAUGGACAGUCGCAAUAUCCGGGCCCCCUACAACCUCCAAUCCAGAGGAUGCAGAGUCCAUUCACAGGGUAUGCAGGCCCAGCCCCGCCUCCCGCUUCGUAUAACAAUCCGAUGCCCAUGUAUUCCCAACCACCACCACUUCCCUCUCUAAGCCCCGGAGACUCUGCUGUUGCCAUGGCACGUGCAGCAGCAGGAGCCAACUUGUACUCCCCACCUGCCCCUACUACAACGCCUAUACCCAUGUUUCCAACUGCCCCAGAGGCAGUUGUCAACCGCGCGUUUAUCCCCACGCUUCCUGACGAGCUCUCAGUCACAGCGGGCGAGCGCAUUCGUGUGCUUGCUCAGUAUGACGACGCAUGGGCGCUCUGCGUGAAUGGGCGUGGUGAACAAGGCAUGGUUCCCCAGGAAUGCCUAGAUCGACCUGUCGCAUCCAACCAGCCAGACUGGCGGAACGCUGGGCGUACCAGCAGUUUGGUUUCUGAUGGCAGACGCUAUUGACUUUGAUAUCGUUCGUGAGCUGGACCGCGGGCUCGGGCCAGUGUAUGUCUUUCAACGAUCAUUGCGAUGUCGUCUUUAAUGAUUUGACGCAGGUAUCACUACAUGUUUAAGUUUCAUUUAUUUAUUUAGAUACCUCGCGACGUUCCAGCGACUACACUUUCCUACCACGUUUUGUUUCUCGUUCUUAUGAUAUGACAUAUUUGGAAUUAUUCGGUACGGUGUUGGGGUGGUAU